AUGGUCAUAGACCUCACCCAGGACUCUGAUUCCGACAGUCAGAUUCGCCCCCAGACUUUGCCUGUCAAUGAAAACCACGUUCUUCCAGCACAACCAGCCUUUACCUCAAGUUUAACUCAUCGCAGUACAGUACCGUUGAAGCGCAAACAAGACGGACUGGAAUGGCCAUCUGCACUGCCCGACAGCCCCUUCAACCAGGCAAAUUUUUCCGGGUUUUCAAAUGGAGACUCUCGUCUGACAGACAGUGAGAACACAGCCUCACAUUCAGCCGAUGUCUACAAACUCCAAGCACAAAGACAGCUCCAGUCUUUCGUGGAGUACAAUUACCAGAACUCUAAUAACAAAAAGCCUCACAUUGCCCCUACCAAUGGCACUUACCAGAGCCCUUAUGGUCAAACCUACUACAAGCCUCAACUGUCACAAAAUCAAGCCCAGUCCUCCACUCCCAGCCCAGAUCCCGCUAGCCGAGAUGAACUGAACAAAGUUACGGUCGUGGUCCCAUCCCCAUCUCGCCAGCUGAAAAGAGAGAUCGCCAGUGCCAGCUGGUCAAGGCCGGAUCGCGGCCCGACUGGUUUAUCACAGGAGUACUAUCCUACCGAUGCGUACGAAAAACGCGCACUUAAGGGGGCCUAUCCAUCUACUAGAAAGGUCAAUCGAACUGAGAUCCCGUUUCAGAUUGGCUCCCCUGGUCCAUUUCUUACCUCUCGCCCGAAAGUCAACCGACAGCUACAGCUUUCUUUACAGCGCAAGCUAUCCGUCAUUAAGGGUCCUCCGGUCACAUUCGCUGCUGCCGACCAAAAGUUGCUAGCGCAGUUUGAAAACUUCGAGUUCAUUAAUGGCAAUAAGCUGCGCAGAGGGGUGCAGCCGGCCCCAGAGGAGUUUCAUGGUGGAUGCUCUUGUGCGGCAUUCUGUGACCCGGGUCGCUGCACUUGUCUCGAGACUGAGGAGGGGGAUUCUAAGAGCACGAUCAUUCCUUACGAGCGAGCAAAGGACGAUUCGCGGCUAAUGGUCUUAACGCCGGAAUUCCUAAAGCGCAACAUGAUGAUUUCCGAGUGUGGUUCUCGGUGUGACUGCAAUGCAGGCUGUUGGAAUCGCGUCGUGCAGAGUGGACGUCAGAUCAGGUUGGAGAUCUUUCAUACCGGAAACCGUGGAUUUGGCCUUCGUUCUCCCGAUUUCAUUCGUGCCGGGCAAUUCAUCGACUGUUAUCUGGGCGAAGUCAUCACCAAGGACGUGGCGGACGUGCGUGAGGACCUCUGUAUGGCGAAACAUGGCCACUCUUAUCUUUUCGGCCUGGAUUGGUUCGACACCGUGGCUGAAGAGGACAUGUUCGUUAUAGACGGGCAGAAGUUCGGAGCUGCAACGCGCUUCAUGAACCACUCGUGUAACCCGAACUGUCGCAUGUUUCCGGCCACGCGCAACAACGCCGACCAGCGACUGUACGACCUUGCCUUCUUCUCUUUGAAGGAGAUUCCCCCGAUGACCGAGUUGACUUUUGAUUAUAACCCGGGCGCCGAGAAAGUCGAUCAUGUCGAUCGGGAUCCUCAGGUGGUGGCAUGUCUCUGUGGCGAAAGUAACUGUCGAGGACAAUUGUGGCCCAAUCAACGCAAGGGAACCAGAUAG